GCCGAGUUACGAGAGAUGAACUCUUCUUCACAAGCACCGGAGAAAUUGUUUUCCUUCCUCCAAACACAGCCUUGCAAGCAUCCAAAUUUGUCAGGAGAAAUUAGAUAAAAAAGUAGGGAAAAAUUGACACGAUAGUUACGGUUCAUACCAUCGGAGGUCGAAGGCGGAGCUUCCGGGCUUCUGCGGCCGAUUGUGGGGUUUUGGAGCCUUGAAGUGGGCCCACCGCAGACGGCGGCCGGAGGGGUUUUACGAGGCGGAGCUAAUUGGGCUUGGACUUUUACACUAGUCAAUAAAUUGCCUGUUCAAUUGGGCCACCGACCCACCCACUUAACCACGUUCACUAUAAAAACGCAAAAAGCUUCUCUGACAGAAGAUUACUAAAUUGAGAAUUGAGAAAGCACAAGUAAUGAGAGAAACAGAUCAAGAGCCUUCUCCUUUUGCCGCCAAAUCUCCAAGAUUCUUCAAGAUCGUUCUUGACAGUGCACUUCGAGAUGGAAAGAUUGAAAUUCCAAAGGCAUUUGUGAUGAAGCAUGGAAAUUGUUUGGCAGAGUCAGUAUUGCUUAAGGUUCCUAGCAGAGCAGAAUGGCGAAUAGGAUUGACAAGGUGUGAUGGUGAGGUUUGGUUAGAAAAGGGCUGGCCAGAAUUCGCAAAGUUUUACUCCCUAGACCAUGGAUACUUAUUAGUGUUGAGUUGUGAAGGUGAUUAUGCCAGUUUCCAAGUGCAAAUUUUUAGUAGGAAUACUAUGGAGAUAGAUUAUCCCAUGAAUUCAAGCCUUGGCGAGGGGGAAGAACUUGAUGAUGAUGAUGAUGUUUCUGUUGAAAUAUUGGAUGUGGUUCCCUCAAAGAAAAGAGGGAGAAGAGAAUUGGCAGGCCUUUGGCCUCAUAAGAGGAUGAGGACAAAAUCAGGUGAUGAAGCUGAAGUGAAUUCCUACCACAGAGGUAAAACUAAACAUCAAGGAGUGGAGCAUCAAAGAGAAAAGAGAAGUUAUGGUACUCCUAGUUCCUUAAAGAAUUGUCAAGCGGAGGGGGGAAGCAUGCCUACUGCAUCAACAUCUUUAGAGGCUAAUGAGCAUGAUGUUGAUACAAGAGAUGGAGCGUUUCUGAGAGCUACAAGUUUCAAGUACAGUAAUCCAUAUCUUGUAGUCAGAAUGCAAAAAUCAUACCUAUCAAGAUAUUUGAAAUUACAAGGAGCCUUUGCAAAAGAAUGUGUUUGUGCUAGAGGUGUUCGUACUGUUAACCUACAGAAUUCGGCUGGGAGAAUUUGGCCUGCUACGUUCACUGUCGAGGUAUGGAGUGAGGGAAAGCAACGACAAGGAAGAGUAUCUUGGAAAUCAUUUGUGCAUGACAAUCAUCUCAAAGUAGGGGAUGCCUGUGUGUUUGAGCUGAAAAAGGGAUGCGAAGUUCCAAUGUUUAAAGUUCACAUAUUCCGAGCUGAAGAUGCAGAUGCCUGAGGCGAUCAAAACUAUCUGGUAGCUUAUGGUCAAUUUAUGCUAUAAAAUAUUUCCAGCCUUUGUUAACAAGUUUUAUGCUACCUUCUAUGUUUGCAUCUAACAACUACUCAAAACUAUGAUUAGCAUAUAGUCAAGAUGUAUGUAAGGAAAGUCUUCAACAUAUCUGAAACUGCAUUAUAACUCCUGAGUCUUCUUUUUUAUUUUGAAAGCCUAAACCAAGUUAUUAUUCUUUCUUUUCUUUCUUUCUUGGUUACAAUGCUUACUUCACUGAAAAACUACUGUAAUGGGAGCCCCCAAACCAUGACCUAAUACAACAAGAUAGAAAGGUAAAGAAAAUUACUGCAGGAAAAACCAUAGAUAUGCACUUUUUUUUUUACCUUCGUUUGAACAGUCAUGAUGGACAGAGUGACAAACUUUUGCACAACUGCACACUUAAUGAAGAGAGUUUGAAAGGAAAAUUUUUCUACCUACAUAAGAUGGUAUUAAAGAUGAGAGAGAGAGAGUGCUUAAACUAAUCAAAAAUAAAUGGUUGAGAUCAAAAGUAAAAAUCUCCAACGGAAACAAAGGAAGCAUUGGCUAUUUAUACAGCAGCUUUCAGCAGUCAUUCAAGUUUUUAACUCUCCUCUGGAAGCUUGAAGCAGAGUGCAUCCCAACUCAUUGAUCUGUGAUGGCUUCUCAUGGCCGGAGGAAUCGUAAAGGCUCUGUCUUUCCAGUCACCAUUCCAAGCUUCUUCGUGAUAGUCUUGGCUCAAGCACUUGAAGAUGGAAAACUUGAAAUUCCAAGAACUGUUGUGAGGCAAUGUGGAGAUCGUCUGGCACAGAUAAUACUUAUCCAGGUUUCUGAAGGAGCAGGCUGGGGAAUCGAGUUGACAAAGAGUAACAGAAAGAUUUGGCUGCAAAAGGGUUGGCCUGGAUUCGCGAAGCAUUACUCACUGGAGCAUGGUAGCUUACUCCUCUUCAGCUCCCAAGGGGAUUACUUGCAUUUCGGGGUACAGAUUUUCAAGAGGAACACUUUGGAGAUAAACUAUCCACCUUUGGAGAUGAAUUAUCCACCGAAUUCAAGUAGCACUGUGGAGAUGAAUCCUGCAUCCGGUUCAAGCCAUGAUGAUAGUGCUGAUGCUUUUGCUGACAAUGAUGACAAUGAUGCUGAUGAUGAGGAUGACGACAAUGAUGAUGCUGAUGAUGGUGGUGCUAAUGAUGGGGAUGCAGGAUCUAAUGAAGAUGUUACUAUGUCAGACUAAUCUUAUUUGCACUGAGCUUGUGGCCUAAAUGCAAUGUUUAUGUAUUAGAUUUACUACUAUUGAACUAGUGUUGGAUCAAUGUUUUGUGGAAUUAGUAGAUCUACUUAUUCUAGUGUUUGAAUUAAUUUGGAGUUAAAUUCUUAAUGUUGUUGAAAUCGUUUCUUUUGGAUCUAAA